CAAAGAUAUAUUACAUGAAACUGUUCAGCCUGAGUCCUAUCUUCUACCGAUUUCACAUAUGUAAGUAUGAAAGUACGAAAAAUCUCUAUCAAACGAGAUCAUAUUGAGAAUGGAGUAACAACAAUAGAUAAAUAUUUCUUAAUUAUGAUUUUGCUUCUGAACUGUACUUCAGUACUGACGUAUGAUUUUGCUUCUUACAGAUACUUUUCUGCACACGACCGUUGAGAACGCAACUUUAACGAGUCCCAUCUUCCAAUUUAAUAACGGAAUAAUAUGUAUACAGCUAUUAAUUGGUCUCUGCGUUGAAUGCGACAUAAAUAUAAUACUAUUUGACGACACACGCAACGAAGAGUUAAAAAAGUUGACAGUAAAAGGCUCCUCGAAAGCUGCAGCACACGGUUUACCUACAUGGCAAUUCGUAAAGAUUGAACAUUUAACUAAUCGUAAUAGUGCGAUAAUGGAAUUAAGACCUAUACUUAAUUCAAACAGUCCUAAGCCGCUAUGGGCGGUAGCGAAUGUUCGUCAAUGCCCCAGAAAAGGAUCAUAUAGAAAGAGUGUUAUACAUGCUACAAUGCAAAAUACGACAUCUGUAUGGCCAAACGUGACAUGCCAAAAAUUAUUUUACGAUGAAUACACCGUCGUGAGUGCCUUAUCGGACACGAAAUUAAAUGUGAAAUUGAGUAAUUACUAAAAACUUUUAUUUACAAUAAUUUAUA